GAUUGAAUACACUGACAUCGAACCUUAUUCUUUUUUUUUUGAAACAACGGCACUCGACAGCUGCGAUUUUAAAAUUCCAAUACAGUUGUUAAUUUAGAUAAUUUGUCCUCUGGAGCAAAUCUCAACUGGCUAUUCCUGAAAGUAAUCAGCUUUCCGUGGCAGAAUCCUUGGCUCAUCGAUGGCGGCGUGUUCAUCCAGAAUACAUUGCGCGCCAGAAAGCGCUGUAUCAGUGCCGACAAGCGCCAGGUGCGCAUGCGCUCGAUGGCAGUCGGCUGUGGGCGCACGGAGACCGGGUGGUGGCGACGUCAUGCGCAGCCGGUUGGAGGUUGUACGGAUCCGUACUGUGGGUCGGGCUGGAGGGAGGGAGGGAGCGCCUGCCGUGAUUAAUAUCCCAUCGGCUCCUUCUCUCCUGACCUGGGACGGUCUUGCGGGCCGCUUCGGCGGAGUAAUCGCCCACCGGCGGCUGCAAGGGCGACGAGUGGGCGCGGCCAUCUUGGUGACACACUGGGGUCAGGGGGCGGUCUCCAACCCUGACCCCGCGGCGGCCGCGUCAUUGGCCGCUCCGCAGAUGCGCGUCCCAACCUGAGCAGCGGGAGGCUGCAAAACAUCCUUCGAUGCAGGAGCAGGAGCAGGAAGCAGGAAGCCAUUCGUUGCUCCGCCAUUCAAUUUUGCCUGACCUGCUGAGAUUUGCAGCAUCUUCUAUUCUCUGCCAUAAACAUUAGAAAUGUGUGUUCCGAAUUCCUGCUCCAUACUGGAGAGAAAACCUGCAUACAGUUUUUGAGUGAAGAUGGGACCAGAUAACAAGUCAACUGUCUAUUCCCUCCAUGAAUGUUGCCUGACCUCGCUGAGUUGCUCCAGCACUAUGCGUUUCACUCAAGAUUCCAGCAUCUGCAGUUCCUUAGCCAAACACCAGCUCAUGGAAAAAGGCCCUUGAGCCCAUAGAGUCUUUGCUCACCAUCGAUCACCUGUACACUAGUUCUAUGCUAUCCCACCCUACACACUAGGAGAAAUUUACAGAAGCUGAUUGACCUGCACGUCUUUGGUAUGUGGGAGGAAAUCAGAGCACCCAGAGUAAAUCCACGUGGUUACAGUGAGACCCUACAAACUCCGUACAGACAGCACCCGUAGUUGGGAUCGAACCCGGGUCUCUGCUGUGAGGCAGCAGCUCUAUCGCUGCACCACCGUGCCACCUUAGCUCACUGACUGUGUGGUGGGCGGAGGGGAGAUACCGCUCAUUUGCUUUUCCUGUUUUGUGAUUGAGUUUUCAACUCAAUUGUCCAACCUGGAGAUGCUGAAGAACACACGUAAUACAGAGAGGCAGUGGAAAUGCGGUGAAUGUGGGAAAGGCUUCCGCUUCCGUUCACAGCUGGAAAUACAUCGUCGCAACCACACCGGGGAGAGGCCGUUCACCUGCUCCACAUGUGGCAAAGGAUUCACUCUGUCCUCCACCCUGCUGACACACCAGUCCAUUCACACGGGGGAGAACCUGUUCACCUGCCCGGUGUGUGGCAAGGGAUUCAAUUUUUGGUCCCACCUGCUGAGACACCAGCGAGCCCACAGUGACAAGCGGCCGUCUCGCUGUCCGCGCUGUCGGAAGAGGUUCAAGAGCGCCGAGGAUCUGGCCAAACACCAGCUCGUCCACACGGAGAGGCGUUUCUGUUGCUCCCGCUGUGGGAAGGUGUUCAAGCGAUUGCCCAACCUCGUGGAGCAUCAGCACAGUCACACUGGGGCGAGGCCCUUCUCCUGCUCUGUGUGCGGGAAGGGAUUCACGAGGUCAUCCACCCUCCUAACGCACCAGAGCGUUCACAACGGGGAGAAGCCCUUCCCCUGCUCCUUGUGCGGGAAGGGCUUCACGCGGCCAUCCAACCUCGCCACCCACCAGCUCGUCCACACCGACGAGAAGCCUUUCGGGUGUUCCGUCUGCGAGAAGACCUUUAAAGCCUCCAGGGAUCUGCUGAGGCACCAGCCGGUCCACUCCGGGGAGAGGCCAUUCACCUGCUCCGUGUGCGGGAAGGCGUUCAGCCUCUCCUCCAGUCUUCUGACCCACCGACGCAGUCACUCCGGGGAGAAGCCCUUUGCCUGCCCCAUGUGCGGCAAGCGGUUCAUGUACUCGUCCCACUACACCGAACACCAGCUGGUUCACUCUGAGCACAGGCCUUUUAAAUGUGCCGAAUGCGAGAAAAGUUUUAAAAGCACAAAGGACCUGCUGAAACACCAGCGCAUCCACACCGGGGAGAGACCCUUCAUCUGCUCUAUAUGUGGGAAAGGGUUCACUCGCUCGUCCCACCUAAUGAGGCACCAGCGGGUUCACAGAAGGCUGCAGAGUUUGGAUGCUGACUUCUUUUAGACUUUAGAGAUACAGCACGGAAACAGGCCCUAUGGCCCAACGCGUCCGUGUCGACUAACGAUUACCCCGUGCACAUAUCACUAUCCUAAACACUGGGGACAAUUUACAAAUUUUACCAAAGCCAAUUAACGUACAACAUGCACGUCUUUGGACCAGGAGAAAGCAGGAGCACCCGGAGAAAACCCAGCGGGUCACAGAGAGAACAUACAAACUCCAUACAGACAGCACCCGUCGUCAUGAUCAAACCUGGGUCUCUGGCGUUGCGUCACCGUGCUGCCCUCCGUUUUGCUCUGCUGCUGUUAAUCACAUCCAGGCAUAAACUGCGUUCAUGCUGCUGAUGUUACUGUCUGGAAAUUCCCAGGUAUAGACGAUGGGUGAGAAACCUACCAAAUAACAAAGGACCUAUAUUGAGUGGAUGUAGAGAGGUUGUUUCCAGAGGUGGCAGGAUCUAAUACAAGAGGGCACAGCCUCAGAAUAAAACAACGUACCUUUAGAAUGAGGAUGAGGAGGAUUUUUUUUGUUUUAGCCACAAGGUGGUGAAUCUGUAGAAUUCAUUGCCACAGAUGGCUGUGGAGGCCAAGAUAUGGGAUAUUUUUAAAGCUGAGAUUGAUAGUUUCUUGAUUAGUAAGGACGUCAAAGGUUACGGGGAGAAGACAAGGGAAAAUUGAGAGGGAAAAAUAGAUUGGCCACAAUGGCAGAGCUGGAUGGGCUGAAUGGCCUAACUCUGCUUAUCUGUCUUAUGUCUAUUAAAUCAGAAUUUGUUUCGAGCAUUCUGCUGAUCAAACCAAGACAGGAUGGGACCAACUGAUAUUCUAGAAAAUUGCAGUGUUCAUACUUUUAUACCUUGUGUUAUGUUAUUUUCUACCCCAUUCCUACCCAUGCAAUUGGUCACUAAACCUAGAAUCACUUUCAGCUACUGGACUCUGUAUUCUGUAGCAUGAUCUUUUAAAGUGUGAAUAGUGUUUCAGCCCAGCAAACUUUUUGCUUUUAAAAAUAAAUUAUUAAACCAGUAUUUUAACAAAAA